AUGGAUUUACCAGAAUUCCCGCCGAGGAUGUUUACAUUAGGAGAAGAGCCUGAUGCAAUCAGGAGCAUUUCGUAUCAUUCUGAUGACACGAAGUUGUUUAAAGCUCUAUGUGAUUGUCUCACAGCUGACGAAUAUGAGGAUCUGAAGGCGUCGAAGUUAGGAGUGUUCAUCAAAUUCAAGGAGCUUGACUUUGGUUGGACUUCAAGGCUGGUACAUUUUAUGCUCUCUUUCCAGCUAGACAUCAAGAAGAAGUUUGAGCUCUGGAGUCUUGUCGUUUCACAACCUGUGAGGUUUUCACUGAUAGAGUUUGAACACCUCACUGGGCUGAACUGCGAUUACAUCAAGGACCUGGAAAAUCCAAGGUGUGAGGUUACGACGGAGAUGGCUGCUUUCUGGGAGAAGAUGCGUGUUGAUAUCGAUACUGGGCCAAGUAUUGAUCAGAUAACAGAAGCAUUUUACAACUGCGACGAGUGGUCUCGGGAUGAUCGCAUGCGGCUGGGAUACCUUGCCAUCUACGCAGGGUACAUCGAAGGGAAAAAGUUCUCAUCCGCUACAUCAGCUAGUCUUGCAAGGCUAGUGCUGAUGGAUUCUCUGAAGGCAAAAGACUUGACGCAAACUGGUUACACUGUUGAUGGGUUCAUACAAGUGCUCCAAGUGUGGGCGUACUAUGCUCUGCCAGAAUUGGGUGCUAAUUAUGGGUCUCCCGUACCAAACAGACUGUCUUCACUGUUGCUGGCUUACAAGGGUGGCAAAAGACAACGCAAAUUUUUUAAGGCUGCUAUCAAUAAACAAACUAUCGUGAAGAACUUCGUUCAGAAGGAUUUUGAUGAAAUGUUUCCAAAAUGGGACGGAGACGUAGAUGACCCUGCCGCGGAUAACAUAAUUAAAGUCAUGUUUAAUGAUCCUGGAUGGGAGUGGACCAUGGAAUGCUGGCCAGUCACCGGUACUCGCAAGGUUGUGAAGAUGGAAGUGAUUCCAGUGAAGAAUGAAGUGAGUCCCGUGAAGUCAGAGAGUGUUGUGAAGGAAGAAAGUAGCAGACCUCGGAAGAAAGCUCGUAAAGGGUCUUCUGUUUCUGCUGAGACACCUGCGGCGGGUAGUGAAGGUCAGCAGAUUGAAAAGACCUUGAAGGACAUAUCUGAUGCCAUUAAUCUUGGCUUUGGGACGUGUCUUAAGGAGCUCAAGUUACUGGCGGAUAGGAUUGAAGCUGUGGAGAAGAAGGUGGGAAUCACCAACAGAGGGGGUUCUCUGAUGAUCGUCAACUUACAACCACUUCAAAUCCACCAAAACCUGUUGACGAACCCGGGGUUAGUACCAAAACCUCUCCCAAAAUUGCAGAGAAGAGAGUCACUAGGCAAUGUGUUAGGAAGAGUCAGGACUGAUAGUAAAAGUGUGAAUGGGGCGAAAGCAGGACAGAAGGAAGCCAAAGAACCGAGUCUUACUACAGAACCGAGUUCCUCGAGAGAGCUCUGUCUUGUGAGUCCUGCAGACGACUUACCGAGUGAAGAUCCUAGCCUUCUUAUAUUGGACAAACAAGUUUCGACCGCUUCAGAUUUACUCGUUGAAGAAGCUAGAAGGCAGACAAAGAAGGAGACUGCUUUGGUGAAUCUCCGUAAAAAAAGUGUGCGAGAAAGGAAGCUUGCUCCCACACAGCAAACUCCUUUUAAGGGAAACAGCACGGCCAAACAGAUCAUUCCAAACAAACAGGUUGGCGGAGGCUAUGAUCCUUUUGCACCCAUUGACAAGAUGAAGUCGAAGGAGCUCACUGCAUGGGUGCAAAAAGAUCCGUAA